GCCGGUACGCGAUAGUCGAAGAAUCCUCCCGGACGGUCGGUCCGCGCCGCCCGGAGCUCUCUCGACGCGCAACCACCGCAGUUUGUGUCCGCCCGUUGCGGAGUGCGAUCGUGUUUUCGUACCGGUGUUGAGUAUCAGUGUGUACGCGUGUACGCGUGCGAUUGUGUCACCGUGUGUAUGUGUGUGUGUGUGUGUGUGUGUACCGUCCGUGCACGUGUGCGAUGAGGUCUACGUGAUCGCCGCCGCGGUGCUUUUGUAAUAUUCCGAUCCGAGGGGUUCGCGUCACGCGCCCGCCGUCGAUCGUACGCGAUCCACACCACCCUCGCGCCCCGUGCACAUCGUCAUGACUCGGUUCCGGACGACCGUUUAGUGGUCAGGGUCCGCCGCCCGUGAGCAGGACGAGAUUACCGGACUCGGCGGUGUGAUGGCCAGCGUGGGCCACUCCAAGGUGUUCAUACUCGACAAGUAUUUCACGGAGUUGCAGAAGUUUUGGGAGACGGAGAUCAAGUUGCAAGACGCUUCUUGUUCGAACGAGGCUGUGCACUUGCAGCAGCGGUUGCGAAGCCUGAGCACCGAGCUGGUCACGCUCCGGAACAGCCUGAGCCAUCCGGUUCAAGGAGCGGCACCCGGCGGCCAGGGCUGUCCGCAACCGGCGUCAGUCAAACAGUCACCCGGAUCGAAUUUCACCGGCAACGCCAACACCAACACUAACACCAACAACAACAACAACAGCAACAGUAGCAGCAACAACAACAACAACUGCAGCAGCAGCAACAACAAUAACAACAACAUACUGGCAGUCGGAAAAUCCACGUCCAGCAGCCCGUCAAAAUCGACCUUACCGCCCCCGGUGUUACCGAGGACUUCGUUACCCGCUUUACCCGUUACAGAUAAACUGUUCAAGGGCAAAGAAGAGUCGCAAAACGGCGGCCACUGCGCCGCCACCGCAAAGUGUUUAAAUGCCGCGUCGUCGUCGUCGUUGUCGUCGGCCACGCAGCAGCAGCAGCAAAAGACUGAUACGAGCCAGCAGCAGUCGCACCGUCGAUCGUCGCAUGGACCCGCGACAGCCUCCGCCGCCGCCGCCGCCGACUCCGCUGGCAAUGUACCCGGCGGCGGCGGGUCGACCUCUGCGGUGGACGGCGGCGGUGACCUGAUCCAUCUUCCCGGGCCGUUGACCGAGGACGCCGUGCUCAAGGCGCUGCACAGUCGGUUCUGUGCGACGCAAAUGUUUACCAACGUGGGUCCGAUCCUGUUGUGUAUGAACUCGUAUAAAGACGUCGGUAACCCAAUGACGCUUACCAGCAUGAGAGGUGCUACUUUGGAUUUCAAGUUGCACAAGGUUAUCUUGGACGCGGUCAGACAGCAAACCGAAUCCGGUUACCCGCAAGCUAUCAUACUUUCCGGUGUUAGCGGCUCCGGGAAAACGUACGCUUCGAUGUUACUAUUGAGGCAGUUGUUCGACGUGGCCGGUGGCGGACCUGAAACGGACGCUUUUAAACAUUUGGCCGCCGCGUUCACCGUGCUCAGGUCUCUGGGAUCCGCCAAAACGUCUUCGAACUCGGAAUCUAGUCGAAUCGGUCAUUUCAUCGAAGUGCAAGUGACCGACGGCGCCCUGUACAGGACCAAGAUACACUGUUAUUUCUUGGACCAGACACGCGUGGUGCACCCUUUGCCCAACGAGAAGAACUAUCACAUAUUUUACCAGAUGCUCGCUGGUCUCAGCCAAGAGGAAAGAGUGAAGCUGAACCUGGAAGGGUAUUCGCCGACAAACCUCCAGUAUCUGAUGCAGGGGGACACCAGGCAAGAUGAAGCCGAGGACGCGGCCAGAUUCCAGUCGUGGAAAUCGUGUUUAGGUCUUCUGGGUAUCCCGUUCAUGGACGUGGUGAGGGUUCUGGCCGCGGUGUUGCUGUUGGGCAACGUCAACUUCGUGGACAACGGAUCCGGCGAAGUGGUGGCCAAGGGCGAGACCGAGUUGGCGUCGGUGGCCAGGCUGCUCGGCAUCACGCUCCCGUCGCUGUUCCGCGGCAUCACCACCCGCACACAUUCCGAGACCACCCGAGGCAACACCCAAUUGAUAAAAACCACCUGCGACGCGAACACGGCGAACUCGAUUCGGGAUUCUCUGGCCAAAGCGCUGUACUGCCGGACCGUGGCCACCAUAGUGCGCCGGGCGAACAGUCUGAAACGACUGGGCUCGACGUUGGGCACGUUGAGCAGCGACUCCAACGACUCGGUGCACAACCAAGCCGAAGUGGCCAGCCAGCACGCGUCCACCGUCGGCACGGCCGGCUCCAAGUCCAGCAAGUCCAUGGCCGCGCUGAACAACGCGGUGAACAUCGCGCGGCAUGCCACGGACGGGUCGAUCGGCAUCCUGGACAUGUUCGGUUUCGAAGAGCCAAAGCCCAGUCAACUGGAGCACUUGUGCAUUAACCUGUGCGCUGAAACGAUGCAACAUUUUUACAACACGCACAUAUUCAAAUCGAGCAUCGAGUCGUGUCGCGAUGAAGGAAUACACUGCGACGUAGAAGUAGAUUACGUUGACAACGUUCCAUGCAUCGAUCUCAUCUCAUCAUUGAGAACAGGACUGUUGAGCAUGUUGGACGUCGAGUGUUCUGUUUACGGGUCCGUUGAGCUGUAUUUGAGAAAAGUUAAAUCUCAGCACAGGAACAAUCCUAGGCUCUUCGAACCUAAGUCGGUAGACCAUCAAAGGUCUUUCGGCAUACAACAUUUUGCCGGUCGGGUGGUGUACGACGCUUCGGAUUUCCUCGAUACCAACAAGGACGUAGUGCCUGAUGAUUUGGUGUCCGUGUUCCACAAACAGUCGUGUUCGUUCGGUUUCGCCACACAUUUGUUCGGAAGCGAGCUAAAAGCGCUAUACAGCAUCGAAACGGUACCAAGAGGAAUUAAAUUCAGAAUAUCUCCGACGUCUCAUUCUGAUCUUUUAAAUGGCAACGAGCCUGUGUCGACACUUACCCAAGACUUCCACACUCGCCUGGACAACUUAUUAAGAUCAUUGGUGCACGCCAGACCUCAUUUCGUGCGUUGCAUCAAAGCGAACUCCACCGAAACACCGGAUAAAUUCGACCGUGCGGUGGUAAUGCGUCAAAUACGCUCGCUUCAAGUACUGGAAACUGUAAACCUUAUGGCAGGAGGUUAUCCCCAUCGAAUGCGGUACAAGGCCUUCAAUCUGAGGUACAAAAUGCUAGCACCGUUCAACAAGCUUCUGCGGACCGACGAUCGGGCGACAGAAGACUGUCAUCUGAUAUUGCAGUGUAUCGAAGACAAAAUAGACACAAAACAGAGUGAAGUGAGCAUGAGUUGGGCUUUCGGCAAACGACACGUAUUCCUGAGCGAGGGAGUAAGACAACAUUUGGAAAAGCUUCGAUGGCAAACUCAUCACAAUGCCGCUGUACUGAUACAAUGCACGUGGAGAAGUUGGAGGAGUAGAAGAAAAUGGCCGGGCACCAAAAGAGUCAUGAUGCAAAUGCAACAAGUGUCCAAUCCGAUUGUACAAUGUCUUAACAACAAAAUGGGAAUGAGUGGCAGAAAACUAAACAGUAUUAACUCAAAUAAAAUUUCCAAUCCUGGAAUAAACAACAGCAAUACAGCAACAUUGACAAGACCUAGGCCACAACCUAUCACAGGAACACCUCCACCUGAUCAGAUUGAAAAAUUUGAUCAGAAAAUAAUACAGACUUGUAAUCUUUUUGGAUUAAAUUUGGAGAGACCUCCACCAUUGCCACCUAGUCGAUCUUAUACAAUAUCAGGUAAUACUAAAAUGGGAUAUCCGCAGAGCCGUAUCAUGAAAAAAUCUUUUCCAGAAGAAGGAAACUGUGAUGUUACCCUAAUGAAAGGCGAUGCAGUUAUAGUUGUCGGUACAUCAAAUAGAAGGGGACACCUCGUUGUUGAACACUGUAACCGAAGUCUAGACGUGCCAUUCCAGUUCUUAGAACUGAAACCAAGACCUGUUGCUAUUUAAUAUUAUUUUAAAAUUCUUUUUUACUUUUGUUCAAUAUAUAUAUAUAUAUAUAUAUAUAUGAAUUAGAAUAAUUGAUGCUCAAACAUGUAACGUAUGAUCAAAUUUAAUUUAUAUACCUAUACACCUAAUGUAUAGGGAUUGUUAAUUUUACUGUGUAAAAAGUUAUCUAUACUGCCGAAAAAAUGUUUAUUCAAAUAACCGUUAGUUAAUGUGUAACGAUUUGUAUUAUAGAAUACAUUUUAGUAGAAAUUUAUAUUUUUCAUUCCUGUCAGUUAAAUAUUUAUGUGUAUUU